AUGCUUUCUGAGGCAAAUAAAAUAAACUGUAGAGAAUUUGUGACUGCAGAAGAUGUUUGUAAAGGAAAUUAUAAAUUGAAUUUGGCUUUUGUUGCUAAUUUAUUUAAUAAAUACCCGGGAUUGCCCGAACCUGGAGCUGACGAAAUACGUUUGUUUUUUAAAAUAUUUGUUUUUGUAAAUUCGAAAUUUGCAGCUGAAAUUACUGACAUUCAAGAAGAGACACGUGAAGAGAAAACUUAUAGAAAUUGGAUGAACAGUCUCGGUGUUGAUCCUUUUGUUAAUUAUAUUUAUUAUGACUUACAAAAUGGAUUAGUUAUUUUCCAGUUAUAUGAUGCAAUUCGUCCAGGAAUAGUUAAUUGGAAGGUUGUUGUUCAAAAAUUCCAUAAAAUUCGAGGAAUGAUGGAUCAGAUUCAGAAUUGUAAUUAUGCUGUUGAAUUAGGAAAACAGCUUCGAUUUUCGUUGGUUGGAAUUCAAGGAAAGGAUAUUUAUGAUGCUAAUCCGACUUUGACUUUAGCACUUGUUUGGCAAUUAAUGCGUGCAUAUACUUUAACUAUAUUGGCUAAAUGUACACAAAGUGAGGAAUCAAUGGCAACUGACAAAGAAAUAAUUGCUUGGGUAAACCAAAAAUUGGAAUCUGUCGGAAAUUCAAAUCGUUUAAAAAGUUUCCAAGACCCGGCUAUUUCAAAUGCUCGUAUUUUUCUUGAUUUAAUUGAAGCAAUAAAACCAGGCACAAUUGACUAUAAUAUUGUCAAGUGUGAUGGAAAUAGUCAGAAUAAUUUGGAUAAUGCAAAAUAUGCAAUAACUGCUGGUAGAAAAAUUGGAGCAAAAAUAUAUGCAUUGCCUGAAGAUAUUGUGAAAUCAAAAAUGGUUAUGACGGUCUUUGCUUGUCUUAUGGCCCGUGACUUUAUGCCAAACGUUCGGGAAGUGACAAAUGGAAAUUGA